AUGAAAUUCCCAACUUAUCCAUCUGUUGUCCGUAAAGAGAUCCUGCUAGAAAUGCAGAUUCACGAGUUAUUCCUCCUUUCUUUAACAUCCAAAAAUGCUCGAAAAAUAGUCAGUACUAAAAAAUUCAAAUCGACUGGAACUUGUUUCGAUUUCUCGAAAUAUUCUGGAAUUUCAACAUUGGUUUUCGAAGAAUGGACCGAAGACAUCGAUGUGGUGAGGUGGGCGUUCAGAAAACCCCCAGUUUCAGAAGAGACUCUGAGCGCGGAAAUUCUAAAUAUCCCAGGAAUUGAUUCGCCGUGCAGAAUCACUAUAUCUCCUUAUUCUGGAAUCCCAACUAUUUGGUGUAGUUCUCGUCUCAAAAAAGUGUUUCCAUCUUUCAUUCAUCGAUAUUUCUGUGGCCUAUUCAAUGUUCCAAGCGAUGUUCAAAUGGUGAUGGAUCUUAAGCAUCUACACAGUUUACCCAACACCGAAUUCGUGAAGAAUGUGAGACUAAUAGGAUCUGAAACAAAUGCGAAGCUUGUGAAUUCUUUCUUUGGUGCCGUUCCCGUUUCAUAUUGUGCAAUCUUAGACACUAAAAUUCGUGGCGACUUGAAUAUGGAUUCAAGUCUUCUCAAGGUUGAGAAUAUUUGUUUACGCAAUGCACAAACUUUUAAUAUCGAACAUCUUCUUCGAUUCGAGGGAAAGCAUGCAUUUCUAUCCCAGUCUCAUUUGACGGUCCAAGAGAUUGUUCGUUUUAUCCAACACUGGAUUGAUGGAUUUGGAUUACAAAACUUGGAGACGCUCGUCAUAUUUUCACGAGCGGUAGAUAACUUUUCUGAAAGCAUUCCAGAAGAAAUCGAAUUGAAGCCAUGGGAUUCGGCGAAGAGACCAUCCGGUUUUUAUAUAAGAUCUGCAAUGCGUGAUUUCAUGGGAUUGAGCCCUUUGCUUCAGGAUUGCUCGGAAGCACAAGAUGUUGAGAGAAAUGAGGAUGGAUUAUUGGCCACUGUAUUGUUGGGUAACAACACUUUUAUGUUCAACGUUUGGAGAGAUACAGAUCCGAAAGGUCCAUUUCAAGGAGACAAUGAAUGGAUUCGACGAAGAAUUCGUUGA